AUGACAUUUGGCCAAAAAACAUUCAUACCCACCCCUCCAGACAAAGGGAGCUUUCCCCUAGAUCAUGAUGGAGUUUGUAAAAAAUUAAUGAUAAAAUAUAUGAGAUGUCUUCACACGAAUAACAACGAUAACUCUCAGUGCAGGCAAGAUGCAAAAGAAUAUCUUGCAUGUCGCAUGCAAAACAAUCUGAUGGCAAGAGAAGAAUGGUCCAAAUUAGGCUUUGAAGAGGACACAACAGACGAAAGUGUAUCAUUGAAGUAG